AAACGCAUUCGAUUUUAGUCCCCGGCAUUUCCAUCGUUCCCAUUGUGAACCCGACAUUAUUCCCCCUCCGCCCGCGCACCGAUGCGUGGCUUCGCGACGGAGUACGGCUUCUUUUGCGCAUCCUACGCGUUUUCCUCGAAGGAAAAUGGCUACCAGCUGUCACUCACUCGUACAUUUCGCCUCUUAAAAAACAUUACAGCCCUCUGCAACAAUUGUGCAACCCGCUAGUUUCGAUUGUGUCGGUAAUGUGAUGCAGUGGAGUCCGUGAAAUCAGUGAGUGGACACCCAGCGAUACCCAAAAAUCGAAACAUUAGCGAUAUAUCAAGCGGUGCCAUGAAAUCCCACCUCGGUAUCACUGUUUACAGUCUCUGGGCUCUGUGAGGCGAUUGUGCGUGCAUUAAUCGUAAUUAAAAUCAGUGAUCACGUGGCUUUUGGGGGAAAUAAAAUUGUUAUUUCGAUAAUCAUCGAUUUUUGGAAAUUCCCUGGAGUUGAGGGAAUCAAGGGAACAGCUGGACCUGCGAAGUGAAUCGUGAGAUCUCAGAAAAGAAUAUUCAACAUGGGCUCCAGUCAACAAUUCUCACUCAGAUGGAAUAAUUAUCUCAAGCACAUUACAUGUGCUUUUGAUACACUACGCAGCGAUGAGGAUCUCGUUGAUGUCACACUCAGCUGCGAGGGCAAACGCAUCAGGGCGCAUAAGAUGCUGCUGUCGGCGUGCAGCACGUAUUUCCGUGAUUUAUUUAAAGAGAACCCAUGUCAGCACCCAGUGAUAAUUUUUAGAAAUGUCAAGUUUGAUGACUUGGCUGCUUUAGUAGACUUUAUGUACCAGGGCGAAGUCAAUGUAGUGCAAGAACAGCUGGCCAGUUUUUUGACGACUGCAGAGUUGUUGGCUGUUCAGGGCUUGACUGAUGGGACUGGAAAGGAUUCAGAAAGUAUUGCUGAGGAGGACGUUGAAAUCCCCAACGAGCCAGAGGUUCAACUUCAAAAUGCAUCUGGAAAGCCCAUGGUCAACAACAAAGGCAACAAAUCGCCCUCCUCCCCCCUCCCCUACCACGCAGUAGACGUAAGCCCCGAAACGCCUCCCACAAAACGGCGAAAAUUUCGUGACACAACGUCAAACGCUGAAAAAUUAUCAGCAAGCAGUUCAAGUGCCACUAAAGACAAUGACGACAAAACGACAGACCAUGCAGCCACCGCAGGAGCCGAUCCCAUCGAGAUAAUUCCCCUAAUGCCAAAUUUGAAAUUGGAAAUGCCCGAGUAUUUGGAGCAAGAUGGAAGCAGUUGCAGUUACGAGGAGCAGAGUACAGGGGAUGGAUCGAAUAAAUUAGAGGACACCCUCUCGAACGCUGAUGAUGAUCGUAAGCCUGAUAUUAGCCAGACGUUUUACACUAAUCAAUCAGGGUCUGAUGCACCAGAUCAGAAGUCAUCGACUGAUUUGGGUCACUUACUCUCGAAGCCAAGUACAUCCGGCGAGAGAUUAGCCCAGGAUCCAGCGCAGGGGGGGGUGGGACGAAAACGGAAGCAUGUUGGCGAUACAACUGGUCAAGUGGUGGUGCAGGGUCCAGGGCGUUUUUCUUGCAGUCUCUGCGGAAGUGUUUACAAGCACCUCGCAUCGCUGACCCAGCACCUAGAAGUGCAUCGGAACCAGACAACCUGCAUCCUAUGUCACACCACUCUCAGUCGUAGAACCGACCUGCGUCGUCAUAUGAGAUUAAAACAUAACAUGCAAUGGCAAAAGACGAUCCAGAGGCAUCGGAGUCCAAAAAAAGGAGUGAAUUCGUAAAUUCAACGAUUUUUCAUGGUCUUGAGAGCAUAACAUGACGAUUAUUCAUUUAUACGAUUGAGAGGGGCCCGCACUGAAAUUUUAAAAUCUCAGGGGUUCGUUAUCGAGCUGAUGAGUUUACUAACUUCAGUUUUAAUUUAAAAAAUGAGAAAAAAAUUGGGUUUUGAAUUUUUUUUUGAUGGAAUCUUUAAAAGUGUUCUCAUGACGCAAUUCUCAGUCGAUUGAAUUGAAUUUUGGUUUAUACAUACAGGAUACACGCGUAAAUAUGAGUAAAUGAGGCUUUUUGAAUUUUUGUUUUGUUUUUGGAAUUUUUUUUUUCAAUAUUUUUUUUAAUUUAAAUUUUUGUAAAUUUUUUUAAAUUUAAUAAUUUUUUUCUUAUAUUUUUACCGUAAAACUGAAGUAGUAAAUUCGUCAAAACAAUAGAUGAAGGCACCAGUGACAUCGAAAUUUCAGUGCGACCGUCCCUUAACGAAGUUACUUGAUUUCAUCCGGAUUUUUAAAAAACACUGGAAUAUGUUCAUCGGAUAGAUGUGCAUUCAUUUUCAUGAUUUCAUUGACAUCAUUCUUCGCGCUUUGAUUCAGAUACUUUUUUGAUUUUUUUCCUCCAAGACCCUCUAUCAGGUUUGAAAAAAUUUAAUGGAAAAUCUAGUGCGAGAAAGGAAAUUCCGGAGGAUUUAAAAUUCGAAAAAACUACUGAAUUUUACUGAGCAGUUUUUUAAUGGAUAUUUAAAGGAAAGAGUUAACGGAUUUUGAUUUUUCUGCACGAUUUAUUAUCCUGAUUUUUUUUAUAUAAAAUUCCUUGAGAAUGGAUUUUUUAUAUUUUUUGCAAAGUUUCAUAAUUUUAAGUUCAAAUCGAUUACAAAAAAAAUUGAAUUUUUAAAUGGAAUUCUUACAGAUAACGUAAGCUUUUUCAAUCAGUUUUUCCAUAUUUGAGAAAUUCAUGCCCACAAAUUUCCGUAGAAAAAAUCUCAAGAAAAUAAUUGACAUAGAAACCCAAAAUCCAUCGAUUUUUUUCUAUCAAAUAUCCAUAAAAAAAUCGCGCAAAGGUCAGAAAACAAUACAUUUCAAUACAAGUGGGACGGAUUUUUUACGAGUGUGCACUAACAAAAAAAUAUAAUUCUGCCAAUGAAAUUUGUUUCGGACAAACAAAGUCCCAAAAUUUCCUUGCAAAAUUUCACUAUAAAUUUUUGUCCGAAAUAAAUUCAAUUGGCAAAAUUAUAUUUUUUCCUCAGUGUGAAGUUGGCGGCCCGAGGCGACGCCCAGGGCUGCCAUCCCAAGAGCUGAAAAAUUCCGUCGCACACGUGUCUGAACUAUAUUUUUCGUCAGCCAUGUUGCGUUCAUCGAGUGCCGAACCUGUUACAAGUAAACGAAAAUACUUUUCGGCACGAGGUGAACACAGCCGCAAUGACAAAAACUGAUAUAAUUUCCUAGUGAAAACGCUAGAUUUUUCUAUUGAAUGAUUUCAGUAUCGAAGCGGGAAAACUGAUCAAGUGGACCUGACCCUAAUCUGAGUUUUUGCGGAAUAUCUCCGAAUCUAAGGGAGAUACCAAAAUUUUCGUAAUGACCUUUUUCACAGCUCUCUGUUCGCUCUACAAAAAAGAUCUUGACAAAAAUUUCGCUAUCUGCCUUAGAUUCCGAGAUAUUCGUCGAUAACUGACCGGAAGUCACAAUGUAGUUGAACCGUUUUACCGCUUCGCUACCGAUUUCACACUUGUACUUCCCAUUGUUCUCAUUAAAAUGUUUGGAGACACGUUAAAGGGUGUGCUACUGAGCUGAAAUUGAAACCUAUCUGUUGGAAAAUCGCUGUAGAUUAAACGCAAAUAGGAACCUUCAUUUGAUUCGCUUCGAAGGCCUCUCGGCCGUGUGCUAAAUAAAACCACAUGCUUUCGUACAUAUGGAUUUCAUAUUGUUAUAUGUAAGAUGAUUUAUAUAAGUAUAAAUCAAUCAUGGAAUAUUCUAGUCGUCUUUCUACAGUAUUUUAAUCCACUCAUUAUCAAAAUCUACGGGUGUAUGGAGGAAGCACAUGUAAAAUUUAGUUGGACAGUGCAUGAACUUGAUGAUCAUUACGAGCAUUGCGAAUACAUUUGUCAAUCGGGUACUAUCAGGAUGGAAGUUAACAUUGGAUGUUAUGUUAUGUGCGGAGUGAACUGGAUUUUCUUUCUGCACGUUAAUUCGAUGAUCCGUCCAUGAGGUACAGGCUUUCACGUAUGAAUAAAGAAUUGAUGGAAAAAACUAGCGCUCGAUCUGAGAAAUUCUGCUGAAAUUCAGUUUUCUGUUGAAAUUCUUGGACGUAUUUUCCCAUUUUUUCCCCUGUAUUUUUAUUUUUUUCUCGUAAUAAAAUUCAGGAAAAAAACGCGGAGAAAAUAUGUCCUGGAAUUCUUAUAGAAAAGUCUACAUCUGUAGAUAUUUUUCUAUGAACAAAAUACUUUAUCUAAAAAUGUGGAAAGAGGUUGCAUAAGUUUUAAUAGAAUUGGCGCAAAAAUAGACUCUUUCAAUAGAAAAUUGAUAGAAUGACUGAAAAAAAGCCCUAGGAUUUUCUGGUAAUUUUUUUCAUAUGUUUGGAACCAAUAAAUUACCGAGAAAUGUGAUUCUGUCAGGAGAGGAGAGACAUUAGAAUAUGGAGCCGAUUCCACGAAUCAUCUCCACCUACAAGAGAUAUACAAAAACAUUUCGUAGAAAAACAGAAUUCGCCACAAAAUUCUGACAAAAUUUAUGACGUGGAAAUAUCUAUUGAAAAAUCCACUAGCAAAAAAAAAACUUUCAACCAAAAUUUUCACAGAAAACAAAUCACAUUUUGCAGAUUACAUUAGCAGACAGUUUUGUUGAUAAUUCAUUAUUUAUUAUACAGCAGAAUUUUUAUAAUUUUCAUUGACAGGAAAUCCAAAUCACAGAAUCUACAGAAUUUCUCAUCUAAAAAACAAUUUCCACGAUUCGCUUCUUCUGCGUUUGAAAUCUUCACUUUUACAUAAUCAAUUACCAAUUAACGAGCAAUAUUUCUAAUGUUUAUGAAUGAAAAAUUAAUUAUUUAGGGCCGAAACUUGAGAUUAAAAAAAAAUUUAUGCAAAUUCCAAAAUUCUCUGGUGGAAUGUCUCUCUGGUCUCCUCUCCCCUGACCCCAAACAUCUCGAUAAUUAUUGAUCUUCAGUAACAGCACACAAUCUUUGAAUCCCCAUUUCUCACUUGGAAUAUUGAUCACCCUAUGUUUAGUUCAUCUUAAAAUGCAAUGCAAUGUGAAAUUACGUGAAAUGACCCAGUGAAACCAGAAUGAAUACGAUUGGGUUUUGAAAAAUGCCUUAUGACAUCGAUCGGAUUAUAGACUCCAUUAUCAGCGCUUUAAUCUUACUUUAUGUGACAAUUAUGCACUUGAGUGUACCAGAGUAAUAGUGACGAGAAAUAUAGUUAUGAUCAAAGUAAAAUUGAUCAUCGUAAUAAUGACGUAUCGAAGGAAAAUAACUACAAUAAAAUUAAAUAAAAAAUGAAAAUUUAUGAUUCCCAAUGUUUCAGUGAUGUUGAUCGAGGAAUAAAGUAAUAUCUGUGUGAGAUGCUGA